UUCAUGUUUGGAUUUCGGAGUCGCACUAACGCAAUUAGUUAUCAUUAAUUGCGAAAUACCUCAAGCUCUGGCGAUACUGCCAAAAUUCAAUCUUUCAAAAUACGUCCACGUCAUUUAGGUCCAGUUGCGCGGGUUCUUGGUCCCUUUGAUAGAUCUGGGGGUCGUAGUGCAUCUCCCACAUAGAGGAGCAAGUGGACAAGGAACUUGGACAAGGUUCUUUUUUUUCAUUUAGGAAACAUAUUUUGUCUUUUAGUCUUUAUUUUUCAUUUCAGUGUUGUUCUUUUUCUUCUCGCCCCGGUUCGUGCGCGGUCAAAUUCAAGAUGGCGAAUGUGCGAACAUUUCAGAUUCACUUUCUGGUCAACUGCCCAUUGUGAAAAUCUAAGAUUUAGUUUAAAAAAUGUUUAUAACGAUUUUAAAGUGAUGUCCUCUAGAGCUCUAAGGAAAUUAAAAGGCCAAGAUGAACUGGAAAUUGGCGAAGAACUUGAAGAUGACGAUUUACUAGUGAAUUCACGAAGUUCUCACAAGAGGAACAAGAAUUUGCCUGAAAAUAAAAGAAGUAAUGCAUUUGAUGUGUUAGUCAAUGGUGAUGAUGACUGUGUGAUCUCAUCUGAAGAUGAAGAAAACAUUGUGAAGGAUGAUCAGAAAGAAAGUGAAGCUAGUAAACACUUAGAGGCAAGUGGUUCAAGUGAGAAAGCAAGAAGUAAAAGUAAAAAGAAAGGAAAAAAGAAAAAGAAACAACGCCAACAUGAUGAUCCCAAGCUUCAAAAAGAUGAAGAUGAUGAUCUUCUUUUGUUGGAAACUGAAGCUGCAUCAAAUUCUACAGGUUCAACAUCUGUCAGUCAUGAUGUGAUGAACACAAAACCACUGCUUAUGAUAGAAAACAGAAAUCUAAAUGCUGAAAAUGAAUUAUGCCGAAGAUUUGGCUCCCGGAUCGUGCGAGGAGAUAGAGGGCGGGCUAACCAUCGUAGAACACAACGUGCAGCAUGGUUGAUUCAUCCUCGUGACAACUGGCCAAAAGUUGGGAAAUCGGGAAUUCAGAUGAAAUUAUUACAAAGUAAAGAUGGGUAUACAUAUUUUACAUUUGAACACAGUCCAGCUUACCAGGCUAUUCAAUUUAAAUUCUUGGAUGCUGUGGAGUCAAUGGAUCCAAAUAAUAUUUCAGGUAUUCUGAGCCUCUAUGGUUAUCACAUUGAUUCAUUGCUACAGUUAAGUGAAGUUUGCAAGAUGGCUGAAGAUACUCAAAUGGCAGCUGAACUUGUUGAGCGAGCACUCUACUGCUUUGAAUGCAGUUUUCACCCCUUGUUUAAUGUGACUCAAGGAAAAUCUAGAAUCGAAUAUAGAAAUGCAGAAAACAGACCUUUCUUUUUGGCUUUAUUUCAUCAUCUCAAGUUUGUUGGUCAAAAAGGCUGCUACAGAACUGCUCUGGAGUUAUGCAAACUAAUCUUAAGUCUCUCUCCUGAUGAAGAUCCUCUCUGUGUUCUCCUCAUGAUUGACUUCUAUGCAUUGCAUUCUGGGGAAUAUGAUUUUCUGAUCAGACUUUAUGAUGAAUGGGAGGCUCACAAAAACUUAUCCCAGCUUCCUAAUUUUGCUUUCUCCAUUGCCUUGGCUCAUUUCCAUCGUUCAAAAGCCACUAAUUCUGUUGAAACGGCCGAUGAUUUGAUCCAGAAAGCUCUGAUCAAUUUUCCUUCGGCGCUGGUGGCUUUGUUGGAUAAAUGUGCGAUUGCAUUUGAUUCAAGAAUGACAUCGCAUUCAUUCUUUGCAACGACUUCACACGCAAACGAAUCAAUUGGACUGAAACAACUGAUUUCUUUAUUUGUUGGACGAACGUAUUCCGAAUGGAAAGAUCCUGAGGUUGUUGAUUGGUUAGCGAAGAACGUUGGUAAAGUUCUAGAAAGGGUGAACAAGAAUGAUUCAUACGUAAAUGAGUGUGAAAAGAACCGUAAAAUUCGCUAUCAAGGAACACCGAGAAAUAUUUACAGACAUAUCAUUUUAUCAGACAUAAAGGAGGCUUCCACGUCGCUUCCUAUGGAAUUGACAGUUUCUCCAGUGAUGUCGUAUGAUCCACUACCUCCUGCAGAUUCUGUGGCUGGCUAUUCAAGACCUGGAAGACCAAGAGGAACUGCAGAAACGAGUAUGAUGACAGAAUUUUUAAGAUCACUUUGGCCAUCCUAUUCUCUCAAUCCUCCUAACACUGGCUUGGAGAACAUCCUGGACGAUGUUGUACAUGAGGAGAAUGCAGGAGAAGAAGGGGGCGCUAGGGGUAAUUUGACGCGAGAUGAUUUAACACGAGGUGUUGAACAUUUAAUGACUGCAAUGAGAGAAUUAUUGAAUACUAUGACAUAUCGUGAGGACAUUGAGGAAGGUGGGAGUGAUGAGGAGGAAGAAUGGAUAGAUUAGGGUAAUUAGGGUAUGCGAGGAAUGCAGUCACGACAAUGCUUAAAAUUACUUGUUAUGUACGUUGAUGAAAUUGCGGUUGAAUUGCAACAUGCAGAUAAAUUAUGGAACAAAUGAUUCAGGGCCGAAAAGGUAGGACGGAAAACUGAAAUUUGACAUAUAAUA